AAACAUACAUAUAUAUGUAUACAUACACGAGCUAUGACGUCUAAAUAUUUACAUUUCUGCGUUACAGUCAGAUGUUUACAAAUUAUUUUUUGAGUAGUAUAUGUAUAAUGAUUAAAAAUAUUAGUCUUGCAAACAUUUUUAAAUUUGCAGGAGGUUUAAAACGCCCAUUGAAAGAAGGAGAACAAAUAUUAAUAAACAAACGUAUUAUUCAAUGUGGCUUUGAAAGUCGUGUAAGUGACAAAAUGAAAAUUGUUUCUCUUUGUAUGUCUUCUUGUCGAGAUAAAACAACUUGUUACAAAGUGGUAAUCACAAUUAAAAAAAAAAGUAUGAUACCUUAUUGCUCUUGUAUAGCUGGAGCAAAUGGUAAAUGCAAGCACGUAUUUGGAACUUUGAUGUAUAUAAAUCGUAUAGGGCUAGAGAACUUGCCGAAUUUAAGUUGUACCGAUUUACAACAAAAUUGGGGUAAAUGGAAAAAGAAGGCAAAUUUUGUUACGGGUGUAUCCAUAAAUAAUUUAUGUCACUAUCAAAAAAAGCAGACAAUCGUAAAAAUGACACAAGAUCUGGAAGACGAUAUUCUACAAUCGCUACUUUCGGGAGUACCACUAUGUGAGGCAGCAAUACAUAUGGCUCGAGUGAGAGAAACCAGUAAAAAAUUAAAUUUACCGAGGGUUUAAUGCAAUAUAAGUUUUUAAAAAUUUCUCAAAUUUUAAAGUUUUAUACUUUUUAU